UUCGGAAUCUCGCAGGCGGGGAUGGUGGGUUCUGAAUCCGAGACUUAAAACAGACGAGAAGACCCACUUCAUUCUCACAAGAAGAUGACAACCCACAGAGAAUUAACUUCUGUUUAUAUUCAACUCAGAAGUCUUCUGCAAAUCAUGGAAAUCAACCUUCAUCCAGGAUUGAAACAUCCAGAAAUUAGAUGCCCAUCCUUAAUCACCCUUCCCAAGGCCACAGUGAGAUCUCAAGGUCAGAGAAUGGCAGGUGAACAGAAACCCUCAAGUAACCUUCUGGAACAGUUUAUUUUAUUAGCCAAAGGUACCAGUGGCUCAGCCCUCACUGCUCUCAUAAGCCAGGUGUUGGAAGCUCCUGGAGUGUAUGUCUUUGGAGAGCUGCUGGAGUUGGCCAAUGUGCAGGAGCUUGCAGAAGGAGCAAAUGCUGCUUAUUUGCAGUUGCUGAACCUGUUUGCCUAUGGAACAUACCCAGAUUAUAUAGCCAACAAGGAGAGCCUGCCAGAACUGAGUACAGCUCAGCAGAACAAGCUGAAACAUCUUACCAUCGUGAGCUUGGCGUCAAGAAUGAAGUGUAUUCCCUACUCUGUACUGCUGAAGGAUCUGGAAAUGAGGAAUCUCCGAGAAUUAGAAGACCUCAUCAUAGAGGCUGUCUACACUGACAUCAUCCAGGGCAAGCUGGACCAGCGAAAUCAGCUGCUAGAGGUGGAUUUCUGCAUUGGCCGUGACAUCCGCAAGAAGGAUAUCAAUAAUAUUGUCAAGACCUUGCAUGAAUGGUGUGAUGGCUGUGAAGCAGUUCUGCUGGGCAUUGAACAACAGGUUCUGAGAGCCAACCAGUACAAAGAGAACCACCACCGGACUCAGCAGCAGGUGGAGGCAGAGGUUACCAACAUCAAGAAGACACUUAAAGCCACUGCGUCCUCUUCAGCUCAGGAAAUGGAGCAGCAACUUGCUGAGCGGGAGUGUCCCCCUCAUGCUGAGCAGAGGCAGCCUACCAAGAAGAUGUCCAAAGUGAAAGGUCUGGUCUCCAGCCGCCACUAGGACCGGCUGGGGCAGCUGGCACUCACCAGGCCUGGGUCAGGUGGGGAGGGGACACCAAGGGCCUAUUUCCUCCCUUCUCUACCUACAGUGAGUUCCAGACCUGCCCAUCCCCUCACCAGCGUCUCCCCACCCAUUGGUACCGUUCCAGAAAAACCAUUACUCCUUUCCCCGCCCACUCCCUCAUUCCUGUUGUUCCCUCAGACUCAGGGGCUCCGUGGAUGCCAUCCUAACAGGGUGGACACUGCCCACUUCUCUCCAGGAGGUUCUUGUCUCUGUAUGGGCUUGUCUCCCUGCCAGUUUUCUUUUGCUCCAUGUCAUUUUGUCAGGCUGGUCAUAAGCCGAAGGCAGCUUUAACCGGCCCACAGGGAUGACUGCAGAGAAGGCUCCUCUCUGGGCAAGGAGGGGGCGUUCCUUCUCUAGCCCCAUGUACCACAGUCCCCAUGAUGGUGCAGGCGCUCUCUAGCCAGGUACCCACAUGCUUGUUUUCCCUCUCCUGCCUUAUCCCUGUUGGCAGCUCCAGUUCAACCGUGGAGGGAUGUGAUGCUGGGCGAUGUUUACUAAACCUUCGGGUUUUCAGCCUCUUAAACCCAGCUUGGAUCUCUCGUUAUUUGGGAGUGCUAGACUGACUAACCUCUGGUAUCUGAGCACAAACAGAGGGUGCUGUGGGUCUGCUGGUGGCAGAAGUGUUUCUCCCAGCUUGGUGUCUUCUGCUGGCCACUCUUCCUGCUGCCUCUGACUGCUCAGCUUUGUUUUGGUGUGUAGGCCCCAGCUGCUCUCGGGGGCUGUCUGCCAGCACUUGUUCUCCCAAGAUCUUCCACACUUCUUGGCCGCCCCUAUGGCAGGGGUGGUGGUGUCGGGGCCCCUUAGUCUGGUGAAGGACUGUUGCUGCUGCUUCUCUUCCUUCCUUCCCCUCCUUGGCUGGUGAUCCAGAGCCCUCUGAUGACAGCAUACUCCUGGCUAGAGAAAAGGACUUGACUAGACUUUCUGAACUUGAACAGUUUCAGGUUAUAUUUUAAUUUUUUUUUUUUUUUUUGUACAGGUUAAUUCUAAUACAUUUCAACAUACUUUUUUCUCCCCUUGUGUCAAUAUUUGUUAUAGACUAAUCGCCGGGGAUUUUUUUUACCUGGUUGGAGGGUGGCAUGUGUGUAUGUGUGUGUGUAUUGUUUUGUUUUUAUAAAGGGAGGUGGAAGUCCUGGACUGAUACUAAAGUUCAUUGAGGAAAAAGCACAUUUUAGAACAAAAAAAAAAAAUAAAAUAAAAGUGUAGAUUUGA